GCUAUGAGAAGACAGAUGAUGUUUCAGAGAAAACUUCUCUAGCUGAUCAAGAGGAACUGAGAACUAUAUUCAUCAACCAGCCCCAGCUAACCAAAUUCUGCAAUAAUCAUGUCAGCACUGCAAAGUACAACAUAAUCACAUUCCUGCCAAGGUUCCUUUAUUCCCAGUUCAGAAGAGCUGCUAAUGCAUUUUUUCUUUUUAUUGCGUUACUUCAGCAAAUACCAGAUGUAUCACCAACAGGCCGUUACACAACAUUGGUCCCUCUCUUAUUUAUUUUAGCUGUAGCUGCAGUGAAGGAGAUAAUAGAGGAUAUUAAAAGGCAUAAAGCUGAUAAUGCGGUGAACAAGAAACAAACUCAAGUACUACGAAAUGGUGCAUGGGAGAUUGUCCACUGGGAAAAGGUUUACUUUGUGUAUUUGCUGAACUUCUUUGGCUUAAACCGUGAGAACUUCAAAGACUGUUACACAGUAGUUAGGAAGGGACUGUUAAAGGUAGAUGUUGGAGAUAUAGUUAUAAUAAAAGGCAAAGAGUAUAUACCUGCUGACACUGUACUGCUCUCAUCAAGGUAG